AUGUUGUCUAUCCCAAUUGGCAUGAUUUUCAUCCCCAUCUUGUCCAUUAUUUACUUGUUCACAGGAUAUUAUAAGAUUGAACAAUUUUUGGACACACCAAUUAUGCGAUUUCUUAGCUAUACGACGUCCUAUGUUUCUUUCCUCCUGUUAAUGGUCAACUCAAAACUGACGAUGACUCGCCAAUGGUCACAAAUUGCUUGCAGUGAAAUUGAACUGACAACCAUCAUCUUCAUUACAAUCGUCUUUCUCUGGCUUAUUGGAAUGAUUUGGGAAGAAACGAAACAGUUGUACGAAGCCGGAGCGGUCAAUUAUUUCUCGUCUAUUUGGAACAUAGUGGAUUCUUGUAUGCUCAGUCUCCUACUCUGUUCUGCUAUCCUUGACUUAGUGGUGGGCUUAAAACUGAAAAUUAUCGUUCAAGAAAGACAUACGACAGUCAUCAAUGCAGUCAACGUGACCUAUAGCCUUCCAAUUUGUGACUACAAUCCAUAUUCAGGAAUAGGGGCUUUUUGCAAUAUACAUCGUGAUUAUGAUUUUAUCGUUGAAUGGAACCCUGUAUGGAUUCCGGAUCCAGAAAUGUUAUCUGAUAUUUGCUUCUCCAUUGGUAUAGUGUUGUCCGUGUCGAGAAUUGCGUUUCUUAUGCCUUGUAACGAAACCUUCGGGACAAUGUUGGUCUCUUUCUACCGUACCUUGAUGGACUUGUUUAAACUCUGCGGUAUGUUUGGUUUGGUGAUCCUGGCUUUUACUUGCGGCAUCGCCGCUCUCUACGACGCCAUGCAAUGCCAGUCAGAAGCUUUCGGAAGUCCUGGUGGAACUAUGGGAUAUCUCGUCUGGGGUAUGUUUGGGAUGGGAGAGUCCAAUGCACCAGAUCUGAAAGACAACGGAGCCCCACUUCAUUCCAUAGUCAACAAUAUGGAAGCAAAAAAAGACACAAUCGUCGCGUUUGGUUACGCUUUAUACGGAACAUUCAUUUUUGCUUCUACAAUCGUCCUGAUGAAUCUUCUUAUUGCUGUCAUGGCGAACACUUUUCAGGAGAUCCAGGACGAGCAAGAAAGCGAAUGGAAAUUUUCUCGCACCGAACUCUGGUUGACGUUCAUCGAAGGUGGCUGUCCACUGCCCCCACCUUUCAACAUCCUCCCCGGCGCCAAACAAGUAAAGACAAUUUGUCACAAAAUUUUCAAAUUCUGUUACGAUAACUGCCCUAAAGAUAAAGAUGUCUCUGUUAUAAUGGACAAUACGGAUGAUGUUAAAAGGAUGGAUGACAAUGAAUCAUUGAAUUACGUCGAGAGAAAGCACGUUUUAACAGCGUUGGUGCGUCGAUAUAUUGUGCAAUCGACAAAGGAGAAACUCGAAGACAAUGAAGCUGGCUCCGAUGAUGUGAUGAGGCGGCUGAUCGAAAACAUGGGGUCGAAACUGGUGAAGAAGAUUGAAGAGUUGCGGAACAACAUUAACGCAGUCGAAGGAGAUGUAAACAACGUGAACUCUCGAGAAGUGGAGAUCAGGAAGGUGCAAGAGGAACAAACAAAGUUGGCUGAGUCUCAAAUCCAAAUGGCAAAGCAAAUCCAGAUUCAGAUUGAUCAAUUGGCUAUUGUGGUGAAAAAAGCCCUAGAGCCAUCCGCUCCGGUGGCGGCAGAAUCAGAUGAUAACUUUAUACCCAAGACAAAAAUAUAG